AUGGCGGCGUGGCUAGAUCUCGUCUCGGACUCCACAGGCUGGACCUUGGUAGACACCGGACGAUUGGACGAACUAGUGAAAGGAAUGAGCCAUCCAAAUACGCAAUUCCCUUCGGUAGUAUAUUUCGCAGGUAAUGGUAGCCGGAUCAAGGCACUUCGCGCGCUCUUCCCACACAACAACAUUACUCGCAGAGGGCCCGCUGGUCUGGCCAGACUGCAUCUAAGCACAAGGACUGCAAAUUCUCAGCAUCCUGUUCUUUUGGUGGAAAGCAGCCUUUCUAGUGUUUCCGGGGUGGGUGAAUCGGAUCUGUGCCGCUGGUCAUCGGACAAUUUUCGACGAUAUCGCAUUCUUCAAGACCGGUCUCAGCGCGUACCGGAGAUACAGCAGCAAGUCAUUUCGCAGAUGCUUCUCCCAUGGACAAAUCUGUUUUGUGUAUUUGUAGAUACUCACUCUGAAAUUCGCGACGCCUGCCAGCUGCUCAAUAGACGUCGCCGGACUGUAACCAUCGGUUCCGAGCCCACUACAGAUUCAAUGCGCAUUGUGAUAGUUGUCACAGCUGCUGAAGGUUCCGAACUUGAGGAUGUCCCUGAAGUUUUCCAUGGGCUUCAAUCGCCUGGGAUUCUUAAUAACAAUGUCACAGUCCUAGACCUACGUGAUCGUUGUGGAUUAUCCCCAACAGCAGCGUUUGAGCCGUUACGACGUCUCAUACUCAAUGAAACACAGGAAAUCCGGGCGGAACAGAGCCACGAAGGUCUGUUAUUCUCGGCUACACACCUAAAUACCCUCUGGACACAAACCCUGCGUCUAGAAAUAGGGCCCUCGGACGCUACUGUUUUGGACUGCCUCGAAGUUGCACGAGAGAAUCAAAGACUUAACAAUAUUACGACAGAAUGCUUGGUCGAGUUCAUAAGUCAAGCAAGCAACCGGCCUUCUUCCAAAGAUGAAAUUCAUGUUUUCAUUGCAUCGGCGUUAUUAAUGAAUGCCUACCCACCUGGAAUGCAUGGCUUUCAUCCAGACCAUGUUUUCAAUACUCUUUAUCGCGGGCACUGUCUGGAAGCGUGGCGUAAAAUGGGGGAUAACGAUGAGAAGCAACAUUGCAAUGCUGUGUUUGCUCAAUUUACGCGGUUCUUCCAUUCAAUGAGUCCAAUCAGGUCGUCUGCAAGUAUCAGAAGGGACGCAUUAAAUACUUAUUACCUUCAGUGCAAUGGCCUAACUUCAACAACGACUUGUUUCUAUUGCUUGUGUCGAUCACCAGAACACAUGCUGGCGUGCCGGCAUGCGAUCUGCGAUACCUGCGUUGUGAUUUUUGGCACUCCAAAUAAAAGCGCCGAAUAUCACUUUGACAUUAUGAAGUGCCCGUUGUGCCACAAGACUUCUCAGCUUACAAUCCGUCAGCUACCCCCCACAAAACGACCCCUGGUGCUUAGUUUGGACGGUGGUGGGGUUCGUGGCAUCAUUCAGCUAGGUCUUCUACGUGCACUGGAAAAGCGUCUUGGGGAUAAAAUGCGCAUACCUGAUAUAUUUGAUCUAUCUGGAGGGACAAGCGUUGGGGCUCUUAACGAAAUAGAUAUCAUUCUCAAUGGUUCCUCGGCUGAAGAUAGCUUUCGGAAAUUUCCAGCUUUUGCCAGAGAUGUGUUUCAGCUGGCCCCGGCCCCCUCGCAGAAGUUCUCAAUUUUUAGGUGCGCCAAAUGGAUAAAAUGCGUGGCUGGCUUUCUGGCAGACGGUCAAUAUGAUGGAAUAAAGCUGGAGAGUACUCUCAAAGAGGCAAUUGAUCCAGAGCGGCGAAUGUUUGAUGUGAGCACAACUCGAACUGCCGGCAGUCGAGUAGCUAUUAUCACAAGUCGUAUUUCCGAUGGGAAGGCCUGCGUGUUAGCAAAUUACCGCGGCGUUGGCCAACGCCCAAUCGAUUCGGCAUAUCAAUUUUUGAAACCAGAGGAAGAAAGUCAGAAUCCCUUUCUAUGGGAAGCGUUCUUCCAAACCAAAACUCUCCCUGGGUUUGGUCCGUUGCAGGAUGGUGGAGUGCGGGCCAACAAUCCAUUAGCAAUUGCGCUGAAGGAAUCCGCUACUAUCUGGCCAUCGCAUGGCACACCUGAUUUGCUUGUAUCAGUUGGUACCGGCCUUUCUACUCCUGGAUAUAAGGCUCAAGAUACCCCUCUAGGGAGUAUUCUUCAAGAUGGAGCAGUUCCGCGCCUUAUCAGAGCAGCCAUGUGCUCGCCAUCCAUGGAUGGCGAGCAGGGCUUUUUUGAGGCACUCAAUUAUGUUCCAGACCGUAUGAGAGCGCAUAUAUACCGACUCAACCACGCUAUACCCUGGCCUUUACCUAGGCUAGAUGAUGUGGAUAGAUUGAUAGACCUUGCUGAAUUGUCAUACAGCGUCCCAGAUGACCUCGUUCGUGCGAUACUAGCCACAGGCUUUUUAUUCUUUGAAUUGGACGAACUACCUGUUAGAAAGCAAGGAAGCCUUUAUUGUCAAGGUUCAAUUCUAUGUUCAAGCCCUGACGCUGGUGAUUUGAUCAAGAGGGUGCUCCUUGAGUUCCCGGGCCCUCGGUUUCAAACUGGGAGCGGAUACCACCUUGGUCUGAUUGGCAACGAUGACGAGUGUCGGCAUUGUGGCUACUAUCGUAAAAAAGUCACUUUUACAGUUAAAAGUCUGGAAGAGGUUAUUUCGAUUGAGAUUGCCAACUCUUCUUUCCGGCACAAAAUUGGUGGCUUUCCAAAGUCCAUGCAGAAAAUUCUGGAAGAUCAACAAGCUUAUGCAUGUUUUGGACGUGCUGAUCAUUUAGAGGUUUGUUGGCCCCCAAGAAGGAUAUGCUAUUGCGCUCGUGGAACUAAACGGCGGGUCCAAUUUUUGGAGCCUUGCCCAGAGAGAAAGAGACGUCGAUUGUAG